UCCUUAACCAGGUAUCUACCAACCACUUCCUUUCCAAAAGGUCACUGGCCUCACUUGUCCUCUCUCAAGUUAGCAGAUCCCGCAUUCAAUAUAUCGAAACCAAUUGAUAUUCUUCUUGGCGUAAGUGCUUAUCACGACAUCUUGAAACAAGGGCUUAUUCUUGGACCCAAAGGAACGCCGUCAGCUCAAGAAACCCUUUUUGGUUGGGUCUUGUUUGGCAAUGUCAAUGGUAAUCGUUCAACAACAGAAUCAGUCACAACUCUCCAUGUAUCUACUGCUUAUCCUAGUUGCGAAGAAACUCUGAAGAAAUUUUGGACAUUGGAAGAACCACCUAAACCUAAAGUACCUGUGUCACUCACUGACAAAUUAGCAUUACAACAUUACAACCAACACCUCAAGCAUGAAGAAAAUGGUCGCUUUAUUGUUAACCUCCCUUUCAAACCACAGAAAUCAACCUUGGGGGAAUCACGACCUCUCGCCUUACGUCGUUUCUUGUCUCUUGAACGUCGUCUUCAUCGUUCCGAACAGUUUGAAGAUUACGCAAAUGUUGUGAAUGAGUAUAUUUCCUCUGGUCAUGCUGAAAGAGUUCCCGAUAAUGAUCUCAACAAACCCUCUUCGAAUACCUUUUACUUGGCCCACCAUGCUGUUUACAAAGAUUCGGCAACAACUCCUCUACGUGUUGUCUUCGAUGGUUCAAUGAAAACCACUUCUGGUGUCUCUCUUAAUGAUCAGCUUCUUGUCGGACCAACUGUAUAUUCCCCACUUAACGAUGUUCUCAUUCGUUUCCGAAGACAUCCGUAUGUCCUUACCACUGAUGUUUCCAAAAUGUAUCGGGCAGUUGGCUUAGCUAUUGAGGAUAGAGAUUACCAUCGGUUUCUGUGGAGAGAAAAUCCUAAUGAUCCAGUCCAUGAUUAUCGAAUGACACGAGUCACGUUUGGAAUUGCAAGUGCGGCAUUUCUUGCAACAAAUUCGGUAUUUCGCCUCGCUGAAGACAACGAAGCAAAGUUCCCGCUCGCUGCCAAAGUCGUAAGGGAAUCCUUUUACGUGGACGAUGGUUUACCUUCUGUACAAACCAAGCAAGAAGCAAUCUUGUUACAGCGACAGCUCCAAGAUCUCUUUGCCACAGGCGGUUUCAAACUUCAUAAAUGGGACUCUAACUCUACUGAAGUGUUGAACUCUAUUCCGCCAGAAAUUCGAAGCAGCCAAACUACAUCUAAGUUAGGAGAUUCAGACAACUUCGUUAAGACACUUGGCAUAGAAUACAACUCAAAUCAAGAUUGUUUUCGAUUUUCUACUGCUGAGCUCUCUGUUGAUCAGUCCCACCUUACCAAACGCAACGUAUUAUCUGAUUCUUCAAAGAUCUUCGACCCACUUGGUCUUAUCUCGUGUGUCACGAUUGUUGUGAAAAUCAUUUUCCAACAGCUAUGGAAACAAAGCAUCGAUUGGGAUGAGCCAUUGCCACCGGACGUGCAGAGACACUUUAUGAACUGGAGAGAAAGUUUGUUUGAACUGUCCAACUUAAGAAUCCCUCGCUGCUAUACGCCAAUACAUUUCCAGAUUGUUGAUCAACAGCUUAUUGGUUUUUCUGACGCCAGUGAAAAGGCUUAUUGUGGUACUGUUUAUUUGAAAAGCACUAACGCAACAGGUGAAGUUCACAUAUCUCUUGUCAUGGCUAAAACACGCGUUGCACCAAUCAAGAAAGUUGCACCAAUCAAGAAAGUUUCCCUACCUCGUCUCGAACUUUGCGGAGCUCUUUUACUUGCGCAGAUGAUGAGACAUCUUCAAGAAAUCCUUUCCAUUCCAUUGUUGAAUUUACAUGCCUUCACAGACAGCUCAAUCGUUCUUUACUGGAUCUAUGGCACUAGCCAGCGGUUUAAAACUUUUGAAGCUAAUCGAAUUGCAAAGAUACAAGAUCUGAUACCACCUCAAAGAUGGAAACACGUUGAUGGUUUACAAAAUCCAGCGGACGUCGGAUCUCGUGGUAUAUUAGCAAAGGAAAUUAAAGAACACCCCCUGUGGUGGACUGGUCCAGAUUGGCUUAAGCAAAAUCAGUCGAAUUGGCCAUCGAAAUUUACUGCACCUCCUUCACUGGAAGCUCUCCAAUCGCUGGGUGUCACGAAAGACUGCUUACAACUAAAAGAGAAAGAAGAAGUUACUCUGCAAACAACGACAGAUACAGCCUCGACGGAGCCUGUGAUUGACAUUACUCGAUAUUCCAGUUACAUUCAACUCGUGAGAGUUACUGCUUGGGUAUUUCGCGUGGUCACCCGUUCAAACCUAUUCAGUUCUACACCACUAGCAGUGUCUGAACUAUCCAAAGCUAAAACUUGGUUGAUUAAACAAGCCCAAGCUCAAAUGUUCCCAAACACUGUCAAAUUGUUAAAAAAGAAAAACCCAUUACCAUUGUCGGAUCCUUGCAAUCAUUGAAUGCCUUCUUGGAUAAAGACGGAUUAUUAAGAGUUGGUGGUCGUCUUUCGCAGUCAAUGAAAGAUUACGAAUCUCAGCAUCCACUGGUCCUUCAUGGAAAGCAUUAUCUGUCAACCUUGAUCAUACAAAGCGAACAUAAACGAUUGUGUCAUGCUGGUCCAAAGCUUACUUUAGGAUCUCUUCAGGAUACCUAUCACAUCAUUAGUGCACGUAGAGUCGUUCGUAAGUUGAUACGUGAGUGUGUAGUGUGCAAGCGAGCAUCUCCAAAGAUAACAACUCAACUGAUGGGUCAACUUCCGUCAGCACGUGUUUUGCCCACCUUUGCCAAUGAGAGAGUCUCAGUAGACUAUGCUGGACCGUUUACACUAAAGAUAGGAUCAGUUCGAAAGCCAACGUAUCGUAAAGCCUAUGUAGCAGUUUUUGUUUGCCUCGUAACCAAGUCGUGUCACAUCGAAUUAGUAUCAGACCUCUCGGCGGAAGCAUUCCUUGCCACACUUCGUCGCUUUGUUUCUCGAAGAGGAAAACCCACGCAGAUUUGGAGCGAUAACGCGACUUGUUUUCGACGUACGGAUAAAGAUUUAAGGGAACUUUAUCGACUACUUCAAAGACCAGAUAUCAAAGAAUCUGUUAUGAACUUUUGUUCGUCCCAAGGCAUCCAGUGGAAGUUUAGCCCACCCACCGGUCCUCAUCAUGGUUCUGUUUGGGAGAACGGGGUAAAGUCUUGUAAACGGCACUUGAAGCGAAUAGUUGGGGAAACCAAACUAAACUUCGAAGAAAUGACAACCACCCUCUGCCAAAUCGAAGCCUGUCUCAACUCUCGUCCACUGAUACCUUCGCUUGAUACAAAUGAUGAUGAUGGAAUAUCUCCACUUACCCCUGGACAUUUUCUAAUUGGACGUCCUUUAGAAGCUCUACCUAGCCGCAUUUAUAAAGAGCCCAUUCUUGGUUUAAAAAGAUGGAAACUCUGUCAAGCAUUGACGCAACAUUUCUGGAAACGAUGGUCUGCUGAAUAUCUCAAUGGCUUACAACGAUUUAACAAGUGGAAAGUUCCAAAACGAAAUCUUCAACUAGAUGAUAUUGUCCUCGUUAAAGACAAUCGUACACCAACUUGUCAAUGGCCUCUUGCUCGAGUCACAAAGAUUCAUCCUGGUCCAGAUAAACUUGUUCGAGUCGUUACUGUACAAACGAAGACUGGCACCUUCAUCCGACCGAUUGUGAAGUUAUGUUUACUUCUACCAGCGAAGGAAGUGCCGAAGAAAGAUGAUGAAAUGAAGUGAAGUAAUGAACAAUGAACGAACAUAAGUUUGAAUAGAUAAGUUUUAGAUAUAUGUUUAUAUUAUUUCAUGACAUUCUUGUGUUGAUCCAAUCAAGGCCGGCGGAAUGGACACGCGUUAUAUGUCUUACAUAAAGUUUUUAGCAUAAUUUAGCAAGCGCAUGCGCAGUAAGCAUGCUUUAAGAACACAUGUUUUGUAGGAAAAGAAAAUAUAAGUUUUACCUCGGUUACUCGCUGUUUUUCUUGG